UCGGUCACGUGUAGCCGUGUCAGCUGACUAGUUACAAAACCAAGGAACAGGGAGCGGGGGAAAGAAACGCAAUCCCGAUUUAUUAGAUAUAAAAGCAACAGGCGGGCAAUGGAGUCAACUUUAGAACAACACCUGGACGACACGAUGAAGAAUCCUGCGGUGGUCGGCGUUCUUUGCACUGACGCACAGGGACACAACUUGGGCUGUCGCGGGUCCCUCUCUGAUGAGCACGGAGGUGUGGUGUCUGUGCUGGCCAAGCACGCUGCCAGACUCACCAGAGAUCCUACAGACUGCCCCACAGUGUGCCUGGAGUCCGAUGCAGGGAAUAUCUUGAUCCGGACACACGACAGUAUCACGGUAGCAGUGCACAAGAUGUCUUCCUGAGAAUCCUCCCGUGUCUCGAAGCAGAAAAGCAUUUUGGUUUUGUGUGAAUCGUGUACCUGUAAAAUGCAAUCUUACGCUCUCUGUAAUUGGCACAAGUGAUGUUGUGUUCUUGUUGCUGCAGUAAUGUUUUCCACUGAUCCUGGAGGCUCCCAUGCGUUCUUACUUAUAUUUGUGUUCAUGGUGAAUGUAGAGAGCUGCUUUUGCCAUUGUGAUUGAACUUGGUAUGGACAGUCCUUAGCUGAAGCUCACGAGGGUUUCAGAAUCCUGGUCACAGUGCCUUCCUAAAGCAUAGGUUCUGGCUUGUGAUUGGUUGGGCGAGUGACAGCUGAAUUCUUAUCUUGAGAACCACUUGCAUGAAUUUAAUGAAAUUUCACAUUGGGCAUUUAUAACAAGGUGCUGUUCAGCAUACUGUGAAUGAUGGUCAUGAAGGAUUGCUGUGCUGUUCUGUACAUGCUAUGAAUAAGUCUGCCUUAUCAGGACACUGCUAGUUUUAUUCUGUAUUAUUCUGAGGUACAAUACUGCUAAUAUAAAGAAAUGCAUCUGCAAAUAAAAAAUAUAUAAUAAAAAAAAAAAAAAAAAAAAAAAAAAAAAAACAUGUAGAAUCCCUUUAAGGAACAGUGUGGUUUAUUUGCUGCCCGCUUUUACAUUUACUGCACAUUUGAAUGGGCGGUGUUCAGUUUGCACAGCACUGGGAGGUUGCUUGGCACAGAAGAAAGCCAGGCUAAUGUAUUGCAAGUCGUAUUCCACGCCUGCGCUGAGCAGUUUUUUUUUUUUUUUGCCCCAGGGAAUUGGAAAUGGGUUCAGUAACUCGUCC